AUGCACACACACACCUCUAACCCAGCUAACAGCAAUGAAGUAAACUUGCUUGCUCUGAUACAUCAUCACAUUGCACGAUUAGAAAAUAAAGAAUCUUUUCUUGACAAAAAGGUAGGCACAUAUAGCCACCUGAGUAAUUUAGCAUAUAAACAAAUGCCACAAGUUAGGUUAUGGGUAAAAGGAAUUGAAAUGACUUUCCUGGCUGAUAGCGGGGCUAGCAACUCAGUAAUUAGAAUGGAUGAGCUAGAUCCAAUUCCAAAAUUGAGUGGAAAUUAUGUGUGGUCAACUUCUGCAUCAGGUCAUACAGUUAGAGAAAAUUUCACUGUACCAUUGAGAUGUGAAGAUGAAAAUGGCAUGAGCUUUAAGCACUGUUUUCUUUUAUCAGAAAAUUGUCCUCAAAAUUUGUUGGGGAGAGAUUUAUUAUGCAGACUGGGUAUUUCUCUACUAUCCAGUCCAGACGGGAUUCAAGCGGUCCAAUGCCAAAUUCAAACUUUGGCCGCAAUUCAAGAAUCACCGUUGUAUGUUUAUCAGUGGAAACUGCAAAAUGAUGAAUUAUGUGAAAAACUUGUCAACACUGCAAAAGACAGAGUUUCACCUAAUUCUGAAAUCAUGCCAUUGUCUGAUUUACAUUGCUCAGCACAUGUAUCAUUUGGAAAAGAUGAGAUGUUUGAACAGAGAUGGUUUCAAUGUAUAGACACAAUAGACUUGGAAUGGUUAUUUUGGACAGAAAAUAAAUGUGCGGUUACUGUUGAACUGAGACACGAACAGCAACAGUUCUUUGAUGUUGUGGACUCUCUUCCACAUGUGUCAUUGUCCAAAGCGGACGGUGACCAUUGGGAAGACAUCGGUCCUUUUGUAAAAGCUUGUGUUUUUCAUGUGAAUUGGAUGCAAACAGUAGAGGGAAAUGUUGAAUACAACCCAACGCUGUCUGCAUACCGAAUGCGUUUGAGUGAGCCUGCUGUUACAGCUGUACGCACAGUCUGCGUGAUAGAUUGCGCAAUAGCAGACCACUGCUUCCUCACAGAAACUGAAAUGACAGCCAUCCCAGCUCUUAAAGAGGUUCCAAAAUCUGUCUGGGCCUCAUCUAAAUUUGAUGUGGGACUGAUUAAAAACUGUGAACCAGUGCAAAUUGUUCCAAAGUCUGAUUAUAGACCAUGUAAGCCUCAAUACCCCCUCAAAAGAGAGGCUAUUGAGGGAAUAAAACCAGUUUUCGAAUCAUUGAGAGCAGCUGGAGUGAUUGUGCCGUGUGAGGAUUCCCCUGUGCGUACACCUAUCUUCCCUGUCAAAAAGAUAAGAGAAGCAGGCCAGCCAACUGAGUGGCGGUUUGUGCAGGAUCUGCAGGCCGUGAAUGAAGCGGUUCAAGCACGAGCUCCAAAUGUCCCAAACCCUUACACAAUUCUGUCACAAGUACCAGGCGAUGCCGAGUGGUUCUCAGUUGUUGACUUAUCCAAUGCCUUCUUCUCUGUGCCAGUUCACAAAGACAGCCAAUUUUGGUUUGCUUUCAAUUUUAAUGGUAAAGCUUACACUUUCACAAGACUCUGUCAGGGGUACAGAGAAUCUCUGACCAUUUUUAAUGAAGCACUGAGAAGAAGUUUGGAACCACUGCAGCUGACACCAGGUACGGCAUUGCUUCAAUACGUAGAUGAUUUAUUUUUAGCUGCAAAAGAUGAAGAAACAUGCAAACGAGACACUGUGAAACUUUUAAAACAUUUGGCUGCUGAGGGUCACAAAGUUAGCUUGUCAAAAUUGCAGUUUUCAAAAAGGGAGGUGACAUUUCUAGGUCAUGUCAUCACUAAACAUGGUAAAUCCCUGUCUGAAAAACGAAAAGAGGCAAUUCAAAAGAUUCCAAAGCCUCUCACUAAAAAGCAACUAAUGUCAUUUUUGGGCAUGUGUUCGUAUUGUCGAACGUUCAUUCCAAAUUAUGCUAUUGAAGAAUCACCUCUGAGCACUUUGGCUCACGGGAGGGGCUUGCAGCCACAUGACAAACUGACAUGGACCCCAGAAGCAGAAAAAGCAUUUGAGAGGUUGAAAGCAUUACUACAAACGUCACCAACUCUGGGAAUCCCAGACCCAGAGAGAAGUUUUGUACAAACUGUUGAUGAGAAAAAUGGAUUCAUGACUUCUGUUCUGUUACAGGAUCACGGGGGGAAGCUGAGACCUGUGGCCUAUUUUUCAAGUAAACUUGACCCUGUAGCAGCAGGCUUGCCAAAAUGCCUGAGAGCUGUUGCAUCUGCAGAGAAAGCUAUUUUAGCUUCAAGGGAAAUUGUGGGAUAUUCUGAUGUAACUCUGUUAGUGCCACAUGCUGUCUCUAUGAUCCUGUUGGAACAGAAGACAUCCCAUUUGUCUGCUGCCAGGUGGCUCAGGUAUAAUGCAGUUUUGUUGGAAAUGCCAAACAUCACAAUAAAACGCUGCACAGUGUUAAAUCCAGCCACACUGCUCCCAACAGAGCAGGAUGGCGAGGAACACAACUGUGUUGCAGCACUGGAACAGGUCUGUACACCAAGACCAGAUUUGAAAGAAACCCCUUUAGAGAAUCCUGAUCUGAUUUUAUUUGUUGACGGUUCAGCUUCUAGAGAUUCAGAAACUGGCAAAAAUAGAGUAGGUUAUGCUGUAACUACCGCAUAUGAAACAGUAGCAUCUGGAGCGCUCCCCGCGCAUUGCUCUGCGCAAGCGGCUGAAUUGGUAGCAUUGACAGAGGCUUGCAAAAUUGCUGAAGGACAAACAGUUACCAUUUACACAGAUUCCCGUUACGCUUUUGGCGUCUGUCACGAUUUUGGGGCAUUGUGGAAACACAGAAAAUUUUUAAAGUCAGAUGGUAAACCUGUUCUAAACCAUGACAAAAUAGCAGCAUUGUUGGAAGCAAUUUUGCUACCGAAGUCAGUUGCUAUCUGCAAAUGCGUUGCACAUUCUAAAUGUGAUGACUUUGUGUCUUUAGGUAACAAGCGAGCUGAUAUGGCGGCCAAGGACGCAGCCACAAGAACAGAGCUUUCUUUAACAUGUGCUACAGUUAACAAUGACUCAUUCACACCUUCUUCUGAUUCUCUUACAGCUAUGCAAGCUUUUGCAACACCAGAGGAGAAGAAGCAAUGGGUGAAGGCCGAGUGCAAACUGAAAAACAAGAUUUGGCUGAGCACUGAAGACAAACCAUGUCUGCCAAAACACUUUUUCCCACACUAUGCAAAACUGGUACAUGGCCUAGACCAUGUGAGUAAAGGGGGAAUGUUUGAUCUGAUGAAUCAAUAUUGGUUCACGAAGGGAUUCACUUCCUUUGCGGACAAAUAUUGUCAGUCAUGUAUGAUUUGUGCCACGAACAACGCAGGCAGAGGGCAACAAAUGCCCCAAGUAGCACACCCACCUCCAAAUCAACCAUUUGAUCAUAUAAUGUUUGAUUUUAUUGAACUGACACCAUCUGAAGGCAAGAAAUUUUGUCUUGUCAUGAUUGACAUGUUUUCAAAGUGGGUGGAGGCUUUUCCCACAUCCAAGCAAAAUGCAGGUGCUGUUGCGAAAGCACUAUUGUCUGAAAUUAUUCCCCGAUGGGGAAUACCAAGAAAAAUUAGUAGUGAUAAUGGCACACCUUUUGCAAAUGAAGCCAUCACUCAGGUUGGACAGUUUUUGGGUAUUGACAUACGUAAACACACAUCUUAUCACCCGGAAUCGGGUGGUUGUAUCGAACGAUGCAAUGGAACGUUAAAGAAUAAAUUGACGAAGUGUUGUGAGCAAACAGGUUUGUCUUGGGUCAAAGCACUCCCCAUUGUGUUGAUGUACAUGAGAAUGCGGAAAAGAACCAGGUCUAACUUAAGCCCAUUUGAAAUUUUGUUUGGCAGGCCGACAUCGAUUGGAGUGGGACCAGAACCUCGACCACUGCCCUCUACAGCCUUGUGUGAAGAUGACAUGCUAAAUUAUUGUCGAAAUUUGUCUCUUGUUCUUUCUCAGAUAUCUCAGCAGGUCAAGGACGCCUUACCCAGGCCAGCUGAGGGAGUCUUGCACGAUAUCAGGCCUGGCGAUUUCGUGGUAAUCAAGGAUUUGAGGAGAAAACAUUGGAAGGCAAAGAGGUGGAACGGCCCGUUCCAGGUUCUGCUGAUAACGCACACCGCGGUCAAGGUGGCAGAAAGGGCUACGUGGAUACACGCCAGUCACUGCAGGAAAGUUCCGACACCACCAGAGGGCGACACAGAUCAGUAAAGUGAUUGACCAGCUGCCCCGUGCCAAGGGGGACGUCUGGCUGACCGAGGUGAACAAACAUACAGUGGUGUAUGGGAGCUGAACACGCAGCAGCAUCACUGUGUGGGAGUGAUCUGAGGUCAGUGCAGGCCAACGGAUGACAGCAAAAAGACGGAUUCUGCCCAUCACUGUAGAGGAGCAGGGACUUCUUGGAACCGACACAUUGUGGUGGAACGCCAGAUAUUCAUUCACCCCAAUCCUAUAUAGCUGCUACCAGAGGAGAAUAGGAAACGAACUGUGUAGAAAAACUAGACAAAUAGUAGAGUAAACAAGAAUUGUAUAUUAGGGGGUCUAAAGCAGGUCAUUGUCCGUGUUACGAGAUAAUGCAACCCGACAGAAAUGUAAAGAAAGUUUCUUCUGUUUGAACACCACACUGGAUUUACGUUUAUGUUCAAGUAUUAGCGUAUUAUUGAUUUUAUUUGAGUUUCCUUGUAGGUCAAGAAUAUUUACAAUGUCAAAUGUUUGUUUUUUACCCUUAUUAGAGUGAUGGUGUGUUUUGAAUCUUUGUGAAUUUACACACUUGAUGUUAGCUAUAAGGGCAUGUAUCUUUUAUUAUUUACUAAUGACCAUAAGUGAUCAAAGAAUGAUCAAAAGGGAGGAGUGUAAUGGAAAUUUUUAAAAUCUACUAAGUACAUAUAUUACAUAUAACACAUUGAUUAUAUUAAUCUUACUUGAUUACAUUUAAGUCACAUAUGUUUUCUAAUCAAUUAACCUUUGAAAUAUAAUCACUAGUUCUUAUAAGUAGAAUAUAAUGAUUGGGAUAUUGUGUAAGAGUGAACUAAUUUCUAAUAAUGGUUGCUGUACCAGGGACGGGCUAGUCUGAAAGUGACUAGACAUUAACAAAUUGACAAGUGAUACCAUGGGGUGAUGUGUUCUUAACCAUUUCAUUGGUUAGAAGAGGGAUUUUGCUACUUUGAAAUGUAUUCUUUUGACUAUAAAACUCUGGUCUGUGAGCUCCACCUUUAUCUCUUUGCUCACAGCCUGCUGUGUGUAAACCAGAUCAUUCUUCUCUGCAGAGAAUAAAGCAAAACAAAGACAACCUCUC